AUGUAUACUGAUGGAGACUAUGAUAAAGCAAUUCAAGCAUAUACCGAAGCAAUCAACUCAUUGGUACAACCAAAGAAAAUAGUCGAGAUUAUCGAAGAGGAGGAUGGUGUAGAGGGGAGUGGUGGAGACUCUAUACUUUGCAAUGAAGAAGUUGCAACCUAUCUAAGUAAUCGAUGUGCUUGUUAUCUUCAAAUCAAAGAUUAUGAUCGUGUGAUAGAAGAUGCAACAGAAGCUAUCGAUUUGAAACCAACACCAACCAUUCAUAUUAAAAUCCUCUCACGUCGUGCUCAAGCCUACGAAUCAACAGAAAAGUUAAACGAUGCUCUCAAUGACUACAAACAAGUUUUGGAAAUGGACAAGUCACACCAACAGGCUCUAUCUGCAAUGCGUCGUCUACCACCACUUAUCAAAAUCAAAGAAGAAAAGGAAAGAGAGGAGAUGAUGGGUAAAUUAAAAGAUCUUGGUAAUAGUUUAUUAGGAAAGUUUGGUCUAUCAACUGAUAAUUUCCAAUUUAUUAAAGAUCCAACUUCUGGUGGUUAUUCUGUUAAUUUUAAAAAAUAA